GCGGUCCCUUCCAUCCCAGUUUUCCCGACUUCUCACUCCCCUUUCACCGCCUCAGCUCCAACUCCUCCCCGGGACCUCCUCCUCCACCAUCCAGCGACUCUUCCUACAGUUUCUCCCUCGGUCCAAAGGUUCUGGACCCCCGAGGGGGUCUCGUAUGGGAGUCUGGGGAGGAGGAGGUGGUCGUGGAGGAGGAGGAGGAGGAGGCGCACACGGUUGGUGAUGGGCGAGCAAGCCGAGAGACCGUUGACUCCGCCGGGCCGGACGACGGAGUAUUCCCGGGGGACGAGUUGUGAGGCGGAAAACGACGUUUCGGGGAGCCGGAAGAGGCCCACUCACCUCCCGCAGUCGAAGACUGAAGGGAAGAAGUCGCCGUCCACUCAGCUGUCCAAGACGAACUUGCAGUAUCACAAGUUGUUCAAGGAAGUGAGCAGAGACGAGACGCUCACGCAAAGUUACACUUGCGCCCUGCAGCGGGACAUCUUGUAUCAGGGCAAAAUGUUCGUCUCGCCGAACUGGAUCUGCUUCCACUCCAAAGUCUUCGGCAGGGACACGAAGAUCGCCAUCCGAGCCGCGUCUGUCACGUUCAUCAAGAAAACGAAAACGGCGCUGCUGGUUCCCAACGCCCUGGUCAUCGAAAGCACACAGGAGCAGCACGUCUUUGUGUCCUUCCUGUCCCGGAACACAACCUACAAGUUCCUGAGGUCCGUCUGCAUCCAUCUGGAGGUGGAGAAGACGUGCAGCAGCCAUGUUGCCUCCUCCUUCGAGGACGGAUUUGGAGUCAAGCGCCCGUCGUCUCUUCCUCUGGACUUCGCCCGGACCUUCUCUGAUCUGGACGGCGCGGCGCGGCACAGGCGACGGGGGAUGGAGGCGGAGAGCAGCAGCAGUUCCGAAUCGCAGCCGGCGGACUGCCGCAAAAUGGCCGACCUCCCCGACACGUUCCUGAGCCGAGAGUUGUCGGUGCGCGCCGACGUCCACCUCCAACCGGGCCAAAAGAACCGAGCCAAGGACGGUACUGUCACACUACAGUCAAAGGCCGUCGUCCAAGUCCCCGCUGAUAGCGCCACCCCCAGACAAAGCCUGGCCUCACACGACCUUGAUCUCCAUCCUGCUCGUCUAUUUGUUUUUAGUCGGCAUCCUGGUGAUGUCCUCGUGUUACAUGGCGUUCAAGAUGGCUGCCCUCGAGCAUCGACUGAACGCCAUACUGUCCGCCAGGAAUCGUUUGCUCGGAGGGAACGCGGCGAGGCCCGAGGACGCCGAGAUCUUCGGCCAACUUUCCGCCAGCCUCUUUAAGCUCGAGAAGAUUCGAAGAAACCUGCAGAAGCUUCUGGAUGACACCUAAAAAAAAAAAAAAGCUGAUCAUGUGACCGAAGAUCUUCUCAGGACUAUGUGACUCCAGUAUGCACGUAGUAUUAAUCACCGGUAGUAUUUAUGCACUUAAAAAAAAAACAAAACUACAGCCUCUGCUGUUUUUAUGUUCCUUUAAAAAUGUGCCUUUAAAAUACAUUUGUGUGAUGUAUGUAUAUAUAUAUAUAUUUUUUUUUAAAUCACUCAAAUAGCUCAGACAAGUCCACGAUAUUUCAUAUGUAUUUCUUACGUCAACAUUUCUUAUCCAAAAGGUCCAAGGUGUCAUUUCUGAAUAUUCCAUCAUGUAAAGUUGCACUUGAAAUGAUUUCAGUCCCGAUGUAAAUGAUAUUUAAUAACUUACAGAUGGCGUUGAAGCAUUCCGAGUGCAACUUUACUCAAGGUAGUGUGUCACGUUGGUCAUGUAUUAUGUUCUGUGGUCGACUUUGUCUAUUAAAAGAGUUUCAGAAGGGUCGGUGUGGCGUUGUAUAAUUAAAUGUUAU